CAAAAUAUGGGAAAUAAACACAGCACUGAAUUUGGUGGUAUUUUCAUUUAAACUUCAAAGGCAUAUUAUUUUCCUGGAGAAAUCAUUCAAGGUAUAAAAUAUUAUCUAUUCGAAAUUAGGAACCAUCAGUUUAAACAUCACCAAACCUGGUUACCCUGGAAGAAGACUUUACAUAAGCCUUACUGGGAAAGAAAUAUUACAUGGUGCCUUUGAUAUCAAUGAAAAUAGUGAUGAUGAAGGUGUAUUAUCAACGAAUACAACUACAAAAAUAAUAAAGAGUGAAAUUGUGCUUUAUGAGUUCCAAUAACCAACUAUUCCUAUGGGUUAAUUCACAACUACAUUUACCUUCUAACUGCCUUCCAACAUUCCUGGGACCUAUAAUAAAAUACAUUUGAGUGGUGCGUUUGAGAGAAUCAUAUAUAAAGUGAAAGGGUAUGUCGUGCCAACUAAGGGAUACAAAACAAUGAGUCACAUUUAAUAGAUUUAAGUUAGAGAACCUAUUUACUUUCCUGAAUAACAGAUAAUUGGAGAUGGAAAAGUUGGAGAUAAUGGAUAUUGCUGUAGAUAAAAAGGGGUAUUAAAAUUUAUUAAUAUAUAUAGAGCGCUUAAAUUACUGCCGUGACAGAUAGGAAUGUUUAUAGGAUAGGUGAAGCCAUAAGAAUAUUAAUAGAGGUCAUCGAUGAGGAGAGAUAUUAGAAACCAGAAAAAAUAAUUAUACAAUUGGAAAACAUAACAUAAUACAAAUAUAAAGACAACAUAGAAACAAGGCUCAAAAUCAUUGCUGAAGAGUAAAUCUCAACCACAACAAAGAAAUUAGGAUCCUAUAAGGUACUAAAUCAGCAAGAAGUGGUGCUAUUUGCUUAAUUAAAAAAUCAUAAUAACAACGAUUAAUACAAUAUGAUUUAACCAUCGACAAAUGGAGAUAUAAUCAAAUCACAAUAUCAAAUUGUGAUAAGAGCUAGUUUUGGAAGUAAAUUUAUUUUAUAUAUUUAAUUUCAGUAAGCUGUUGCAAUCAAAGUGAAUGCCUUGAAUUGCCUAUCUAAAUAUUGUCAUCUACAGUAUUGCAAUAGCAGUCAAUAUAACCUCCUUUAGGAUGGAACCCAAUCCAACUUAAUGAUGAGAAUCUUCAACUCUUAGCAAGUGCAAAACAAAGUGGAACUAGUUUACAUUCGUUUUCUACAUAUUAGAAAACUUUGUAAGGUAGAAACAGCUAUAAUGAAUAAUAAGAAUCCUAAAGAUCAAUCAGAGUUGGAAAUUCAGUUCGAUCGAUCUAAUCUUUAAAUUAUUAAAUGAACUGAGU